AUGACUGAUUCGGAUGCGGAAUUAUUACCUGCUCCAAUAUCGAGCAGUUUAAAUCAAUCAAUGGACUCAUUGAAUGAUUUGCCGGAAGUAACAGACUGUAGUUUAAGAAGAUGUGCAAGUGAAUGUUCUUUAGAACGAGAAUUAGCAUCGUUGCAUCGAGAAAUGGAAACUAUACGUCUGGAAUGUGAUAGGCUUAUUUUGAAACACAAUGAUAAUGGACGUGGUUUCCUUAAGAUGCUACAUGUAUCAAACAAUGAUCAGAAUGUACAUAAAUUAAAUGAUGAUGUAAAACGAAGAUUGGAUGAUACAUCAAGUGCUUACAAUACUGGUGAAUCAUGCCGCAGUACACCAUUGAAACCAGAUGCUAUUGCUCAAACUAAAAAAGGUAAUGCUAGCAUGCAACCGCGCGAUUCUGCAACAACAUUACAUGGUUCUGCCGAUAAUACGGCUCAAUGUAUAGCGUCACAGAAGCCAUCCACUUCACAAAUUUCGCAAGUUAAAUUUAGAUUACCGCAAUAUUCAGUGAUUUUGAGAGAAAGUGAGAAAAAAGGAGAUGUUGCAGCAAAAGGAAAUGAUGAAGAAGAAAAAGUGAGGACAAAUGAGAAACGUAGACCAAUGAUAACACAAAUGAUUGAUGAAACUUAUAGGCCGCAAAGAGCUGGCAUAACAAUGUAUACGAUGCCACAAAAAUUAGCAGAAACAAUAGCUCUUCAACAACGAUUACUACGUGAAGCAAUGGUUGAACAAGCUCAUAUGUUACGAGCAUCAGCUAAAAGCGUUACAAUUAGCGCUACAACUAAUAAUGAAAGUGAAGAAGGAGGAAGAAUGGAAGGAUCAGCAAUGAAACAAUUUCAGGAGAAUAAAAUUCAGGAAGCAUGCGAAUGGAAGAUAAAAAGACGUCCAGAUGGGACACGAUAUAUUACGCGGAAGCCAAUUCGAAAUAAAUUAUUGAAAGAAAGAGAGGAACAAUUAAACAAAGAGCGCACAGGUGUAAGUACAGAUGAUGAUGCGAUGAGUGAACUGAAAACUGGUCGAUUUUGGACUCGGGAAGAGCGCAAAAAGCAAUGGGAACGAGCCAAACAACGCAAAUUACGAUACCAUCAAUUAAUGGCCCAGCGAAAUCAACAACCAUCAGAUCAGUUGAUUGUACAGCUAUCACGAAAAAAAAUGAUGCGUCGAAAAGGUAACCCAUUGCUAGACAAAUUCACCACUAUUCAAGAAUUCAUGGCUCAUGCAAAUCGUGAUAUUUCUAGUCGUCCUAUUGACGGAAUUUUAUCCGUUACUACUGUAUGA